AUGACAGCAGCGCAAACACAUCAAGCAGGGGGAUCUAUUCGGCACCAUGUAACGUCGUGGCUGAUACGAUAUGCUCGAAACUUUAACCCCGUUUCGCCCCGAAGCAAGGCAUCUUUGAGAUGUCGCGAUCAGUCAACGUCAAAACUCGCCUUCUCAACGAUAUUCACCGCAAUUUUUAGCUCCAAGGUCAUUCGGAUAUACCUACAUCUACAGUCAUUGCAAUCGAAAAGUACGAUAGCAUGGGGCCCAUCGCUUUUGUAUCAGGAUGUUGCCCUGCUGCUCCUCUAUCGACUACUGCUCGACUGCAGACAGAUCGCACUAGUGAGGACAGCGGCCACGAUUGCUAGUUUCGCCAUUGCCGGGACUGUGCUGAGCAUGGCUGGCAUGAGUAUAUCAUUCUAUCUUAUGUCAGGCUCGGACAUCCAAUGGCGGAACAUUGCCGUAGUGCUGGAUCCGUCCUGGUGGCCAAUGCUACCGGGGGCAUUGCUAUCAUUUACAGCGGUUAUCGUGUUUGUACUCAUCGUGGGUAGGGCACUGGCAGAGGUGUCAUAUUCCAUGGCUACCAUUGCACUGGAUGUACUAUACCGACCGAUUUCCUUUUGCAAAACAAGGACGUUGCUCAGAAGAUCAGGGAGUUUCGACCAACUGGCGGAAAAGGACGACCAGGACUCAGAUUUAGAGGACGCACCUUUUAUCGACGCACCCGUCCUCGACAUCUCGGAUUACGAGGAAACUGACGACGGCCACGAACAACAGAAUGCAUCGAAACAGCAAUGGGGUGCAAAGCACAUAAUCACAUGUAUAGGACUUGUCGCCUUAAUAGCCUCAACUGUCUUUCGGCCGUCUACAAACUCGCUAAUUAGCUUGUCCUGGACUCUGCCAUUGCUGCCGAUUGCCGAUGUUGCAAAGAAGUCGGCGCUUUCCAACUUGCAUCUUACUCCAACAGACAUCGCCUGGGAGAAUGUCACUGCCCUCGCCGAACCGAUACCUCUUCCGUGGCUUCCAAAAAAUGACCGGCUCUUAGGAUUCGAGGACUGGUACAUGGAGAACAAAACACACUAUGACGCGGCGGCCGACCCCUUGAAGAUUUCGAAUCUCGACGACGACCUCGUCUCAGACCUGCGUAACAGACUCCACGACGUACCAAUUCGUCAUGUCAUCGUUCUUGUCUUGGAGUCAACAAGAAGAGAUGUGUUUCCCAUAAAGAAGGAUGGAUUCAUCUGGGAUACCCUGGCAAAAUCCUAUGCGAAUAAUACAAUACCACCUGAAGCUGAAAAGAUGCUCUCUACUCUUACCUCCACGGCCAACUUCCUCACCGGCGACUACGAAGAUGGGUUUCAGCACGACCAACGCAACCCCCGCGGUGGAAUAGUCGCAAGCAACGCACACACCGGAAGCAGUUAUACCCUCAAAAGCUUGGUCGCUACCUUGUGCGGACUGGCGCCCGUGGCUGCAGACUUCAAUGUUGAGUUUAAGAACCAUUUCUACCAACCCUGUCUGCCACAUAUUUUAAAAGCCCUCAACUCCUUGGACAACAACUCUACCGGCAACGCUCAGGAAUUCGCUCGUUUCCCAUGGCGUUCCAUGUUCAUGCAAUCCGCCACCGGUACGUUUGACUACCAGGGACCUCUCAUGUCGACCAUGGGCUUCUCCGAAGAAGACUUCAUUACCAGGGAGUACCUGCAGAGCUCGAGGGCAAAGUUUGGUAAACAGGAAAUGGCCGAGACGAACUACUUUAGUAUACCGGAAGUGUCUCUCGAGGAUUACAUCCGCGAUGCUUUCCGAACUGCCAAUACGUCAGAAGAGCGUGUUUUUCUGUCCCACUUGACGAGCACGACUCACCACGCUUGGGGGGUUCCUGAGUCAGAGACGUAUAUCCCGCUGGCGGAGUCAGGCGAACUGGAUCACUUGUCCCAUUAUCUCAAUUGCAUAAGAUACCAAGAUCGGUGGUUGGAGAAAAUCCUUACGAUCCUGGAGGAAGAAGGUGUUGCUAAUGAGACGAUGGUGAUUAUAACUGGCGAUCAUGGAACACCGGUUGCUGAAGGCGGCGUUGCAACGUACAACAACCCCGAAACGAUUAGCUACGAAGUGCCGCUUGUAUUCUCGCAUCCGAAUCUCCCACCGAUCAAAAUCGACGACGCAGUUACCACACUGACAGUUAUCCCGACUCUCCUAGACCUGCUCAUCGAAUCAGGCUCGUUGUCCAAGCCCGCUCAAACCGCAGCGCAUGACCUGCUCGCCAACCUCGAAGGCCAAUCAUUACUCCGUCCCUUGAAGAAGUUCUCCGAAGCGACCGGGCAAGGAGAUUGGCAAUUCACAGUGACCAACCCCGGCGGCACAAUGGUAUCCGUACGUGAUGCCCGUCACCCUGCAUGGCAUCUCGUCGUACCACUUGACAGCGACAACGAGUGGCGCUUCGUCGACCUAGAUCAGGAUCCAAAGGGGAAGAAACGCAUCAUAUCAUUUGACAUGGACGCCAUGCAGAUUAUUUUAGAGAAAGACCACGGGAUAGAAGCUUCAAACUGGAUUAAAGAAGCGGCCGUGGUGUGUCGGUGGUGGGUGAAGGAGAAUAACAGGCGGUGGCGCUAUGGUAAAUACGCGGAUAUGUACGCCGAGGAUAUUGAGGAACGUGAUGCUGGUCACACGAAACGGAGCGAUGGUAUAGAACACGAGAGCAUGAGGAGGGAGUAUCCCGUUGCGCUGUGA